UCGCUGGCUCUACUUGUGCUUUUGGUAAGUGUUUUUCCCGAGAAAAAUUAACUGAAAAAAAUGGAGACUUCUCUGAGGUAUUCUACAAAUUCCAGGUCUCUGAAAAUCCAUGCCAAGGAGAAGCUCCCGGUGAACUCCCAGAUUCGUUUGCAGCUUCAUGGAGAGCUAGAUACAGGAGCUGGAGCGCCAAGUUACUUCUGUGCGAUGAUAAGACACUUUUUUCAUGAGGCUUCGACUAGCGUUGGAGUAGGCUUGCACUAUAAUAAACGCGAUAAGCUUCGGUGUCUUGUACGUGGCAAAAAGAAGUUUCCUGUGAUAACUGAUGAGCUUGUAACCUUCAAUAUUAAAGGACGAUGUGACUUUGACCAGGACUUCGUUCAGAGGAACCCAAAAGGAGCUGCUGAAUUUGAUUGGAACAUAUGGAAGUUUCAGAAAGAUCAAGAUUUACGCCUCAGAGUUGGCUACGAAAUGUUUGAGAAGGUGCCUUAUAUGCAGAUUAGAGAAAACAAUUGGACUCUCAACACGAACUUGAAAGGAAAAUGGAAUGUGAGGUUUGAUCUGUAAGGAGAAAACAAGAAUAGAACCCUCAGAAAAGUAAGAUUACAUUUUGUAUUUGAUCUUUUUGAGAAAUGUAUUACUUGUAGAAAGACUCACUUUGAUUCAACCAACUAAUUUGAGAGCAAAUCCAAAGAUCUAUGUUUGUUAUCAA